GGCUCGCUGUGGCGAUGCCGAAAGCCAAGAAAAAGAGCCGGCGGGCAAAGUACAACUACAAUGUGGACCGCAAGAAGCUGAACAGGGCUUUUCGCAAGCAGCAGGCACCCCGUAUAAAAUGUUCCCAAAUCCGACAUGCCUGGGAUCGCACAAAAUCUGUAUCACAGAACCUGGCUGAAAUGGGCCUGGCUGCUGAUCCAAACAAGGCUGUUCCCAUUCCGAAGUUAAUGCAACCGGUGAUGAAAAUGGAUCUUGAUGGACCAGGAAAAAAGACAACAGUUGUGAGGAAGCCAUAUGUACUAAGCGAGUUGGAAUAUCAGGCCAGCCUCCCAGAGAAGAAGUCAGAGACCCUCUCCAGAGAUCUCAUUGACUAUGUUCAGCACAUGAUCCGGAGUCAUGGUCAGAACUACAAGGCUAUGGCUCGUGACGAGAAGAACUAUUACCAGGACACACCAAAGCAAAUAAAGGGGAAGAUCAGUGUAUAUAAACGCUUCUACCCAGAGGAGUACCAAGCUUUUUCUGCCUCCCUGCAGCAGGAAAAGAUGGACCAACAAUGA